GGGGAGCUGUUGGACCGUUCAGAGGGCGUGGUGGAUCCGCCGGGAGAGGACAAAGGGCUCGGAGUACGGGGAAUCCCAGUAACACGUCUUGGAAUGCUUGUUACAGAUGUGGAGCUGACGGGCAUUGGGCUCGGGAUUGUCCUGGACCGGCCCAAAACACCCAACAGCGUGAUUACCGAACCCAGGCACGCGGAGCGCCCAGAGGAAGAGGUGCGUACAGAGGAGGGCAUCAAGCCCCAAACCCAGGUGCAGCGCCAGUCGCUCAGUAUCCAGUGGCUGACUGGAACUGGGGGGAGGAGCAAUACUGACGGGGCCCUGAAAAACCCGACGGCGUGGGGAUGGCAGAUCCCAUGCUGUCAAUGACCGUGGAAGGAACACAACUGACCUUCCUGGUGGACACUGGAGCAACUUACUCAACACUGAGAGCCACACCAAACAGUGCAACACUCUCCAACCACACUGUGACUGUGGUGGGUUUUUCCGGGGUCCCGAUGACUCUGCCAUUAACUGAUCCAGCCCUGACAAAGCUGGGAAAACAAACUUUGAAGCACCAAUAUGUGGUGUCCCCACAAGUGCCUGUAAAUCUCAUGGGCAGGGAUCUGCUCGUGAAACUGGGAGCCACUAUCAUGUGUUCUGCAGAUGGGCUUACUGUCAGUCUUCCAGGAGGAAAAGAGUUCCCGUGCCUGGGGACAAUUUCAAAGAAUCAAUAUCUGGUCCAAGACUCUGAACGAGCUACAGCCGACAUAUACUGGGGAAGGCUAGUAGAAGACGGCAUUCUCAGACAAUAUCAGCUGUGGAAACCCUGGAUAAUGAGCCUGGCCGUCUACACCCCGCCGCGCGAUCCAUACCACGUCACUCUUUUUUAUGACAGGGACGACGACGACACGUACCGAGAAAGCUUUCAAUCUGACCUUGAAGGUCAAAUUUGGAACGUGCGUAGCCACAAUAUCUAUGUUGGCCCGGAAGGAGUAGCAGCGGCUGUGAAAUUGACGGACGAACAACUGCCUUGGUACGAGAUGGGAUCAGAUUCAGCUCCUCAUGUCACAUUGGCGGUCCACAUAGGUCAUCAGGCUAGAGAAAUGGGACCGAUGGUCAAGCGGGCGCUGGACAACGCUUGGUGGCAAAGCACUCAGAUUCCAAAUGUAUGGUAUGCGCCAAAGUGCAAAACGUACCGAAUCACCUGUCUGUCUAAUGAUGCAGUGGUUCUGGAACAUCAGGAAAUCUCAAGAACACAUGGCAGGGAAAGAACUGACCAUCCUGAUGCAGUCGCCGCGCUUUCAGAACUGCCUGACACUCUGUGGUCGACGGGGCCCACUGACGUCGGCCUCGCUACCUGUUCACCUGUCUUGUUUCAGCUGAAGUCUGAGGCGCCAAUUAAUAGACCACAGUACAGACACAAACCAGAAGCUGAGGAAGGAAUUGCAGAAACCAUUGAAGGGCUACUGAAAGUAGGUGUGCUUGAGCCUUCACAGUCAUUUUGGAACACACCUAUUUUGCCAGUGGAGAAGCACGGGACAGGAAAAUACAGGAUGGCACAUGACCUGAGGGCCAUUAAUGCCAUACUGCGCACCGACACUGUGCCUGUGCCAAACCCAUACACGGCUUUAACCGCCAUCUCAUGGGACCAAAAGUGGUUUACAUGUAUUGAUCUUGCUAAUGCUUUCUUUUGUCUCCCAUUACAUGAGUCACUGAGGGACAUUUUUUCAUUCACAUACAGAGGCCAGAAAUACAGAUACACACGCCUGCCACAAGGUUUUGCACUGUCCCCAGGCAUCUUCAAUCAGCCAAGUCAGCAUCAGCCUGCACAGCAGCCUCGCUCCUGGUGCUGAACCGAUUGGCAGAAUGUGGA